AUGCACGGGCAGGUCCAAUCCCCCCAGUAUCCCGAGCCGUAUCCCCCGAACCUGCUGGAGCAGUGGGACCUCAGCGUACCAGAGGGUUUCCAGAUCCGACUAACUUUCACACAUCUGGACAUCGAGGCUUCAGCUGGCUGCUCUUAUGACUCACUUACAGUGCUUUAUGGUGAAAAGCUGCUCUGGAAGUUCUGUGGCAUUGAGAACUCUGCUGAUGGGCUCCACCCAGGCUAUCAGCCCAUUUUGACUCCAGGAAACACAGUCACCCUCAUUUUCCAAACAGACCACUACAACCCGGAGCGUCACCAGAACGUGGGAUUCUCCCUUCAGUACCAGGCAAUAGACAUAGAUGAAUGCUCUGCGCCAGAGCCUGAAGACGGAUCUGGUCCACUCUGCUCUCAGAUCUGCCUCAACACACUGGGGUCAUAUCUCUGCUCCUGUCACCAUGGUUAUGAGCUACGCUCUGACCAGCGUUCCUGCACCUUGUCCUGUGGUGGGGGUAUAUUUGAUGAACCAGAAGGACAUCUGUUCAGUCCGGGUUACCCAAACCCCCAAGCUAAUGCCAUGUCCUGUCAGUAUAUAAUUUCUGUAGAAUCUGGCUACACCAUCUCUCUUAACUUCUCUGAUAAUUUCCACAUUGAGAGUGUGGUCACCGAGGAAGGUCCGAAAUGCCUCUUUCAUUGGCUGGAGGUGAUCGUAUCAGACCAAGAGUCUGUGAUGCUGUGUGGUGGAACAAGCCCAGGACUGAUAAAAACAAACUCCAACACUAUCACGCUGAACUUCCACACUGAUGAUCAUGGACUGAGCAACGGAUGGAGCCUGGACUACAGGACAGACAGAGUGAAGUGUCCAGCUCCCAGUAAUGUUGUUAAUGGUAAGGUCACUCCUUCUCAGACUGAAUACUUCUACAGAGACCACAUCUAUGUGCGCUGUGAUCAAGGGUACAAGCUGAUGGUUGACAAUCAAGAAAUUAAGAGCUUCUCCACUAUAUGCCAAAGCAAUGGAAAAUGGCACCUCCCUUUGCCUGAAUGCCACAUAAUCGACUGUGGUGAACCUGAACCUUUGCUGAAUGGAGGAGUGACUUUCCAGUCUGACUUUAGGAACCAGUAUCUCUCUGUUGUGAAGUAUCACUGUAAUGAACCGUUUUACACUUCACCUGGUGGCAUAAAUGCUACCUUCACGUGUGAAUCAGACAGAAAGUGGAGAUCCAACCAUCAGGAAAUUAACAGUCCAAUAUGCCUUCCAGUGUGUGGACGACCGACAAAACAAAUCCAUGACUAUCAGAGGAUUGUUGGAGGAAGUGAUGCUCCAAAACAUACUAUCCCAUGGCAAGUGCUUAUAAAUACAGGUAAUAGGGGAGGAGGUGCAGUCAUAGGAGACCGCUGGAUUCUGACUGCAGCUCAUGUGUUGGAGAAUUAUGGACACAAAGUAUCCAUAUCUUCAAUAAAAAUUUACAUGGGAGACACAGAUGUUCACAGAAUGGAAGCGUUUCCUUUGCAUCCUGUCUCAAUCCAUGUUCACCCUGACUACCACAACCCGAACGGUUCAAACUACAACAACGACAUUGCAUUGGUCAAACUGCAGGACCCCAUCACAUUCGAUGCAGCUGUUAUGCCUUUAUGUUUGCCACCAAAAACUGCCACAUAUGACACAGGAGUGAUGGGGCAGAUUUCUGGCUUUGGUAUUAUCCGUGAGGGCAGCCGCCAUAUUUUAACAAAUAAGCUGAAAUACGUGGCUGUUCCUCUGGUGAAUCAGGAGAUAUGCAGCAAUUCAAUCACUGAGUUAAAGAAAAAUAGGCCCAUCCUACCAGACCUGACAGAUAACAUGUUCUGUGCUGGACUUCCUGAAGGGCAGAAGGACUCUUGCAAAGGUGACAGUGGAAGUGCCUUCACUUUGACUGAUGACGGACAAUUUUGGGCUGCUGGAGUUGUCAGCUGGGGAGAUAAAUGUGGACACAAGGGAACAUAUGGAGUCUAUACCAGAGUUGCUAAUUAUGUAGACUGGAUCAAUAAGGUCAUGCAGGAGAAUCAAUGAAACAAUCACAACGUAAUGUGAAGUUGUCUUUGAGGCAAACAUAAAAAUGACUAUCACAACACAGGCCAAACUUAAUUUUAUUAUCUUAA